AUCCGGCAGAAGGAGAAGGACCUGGUGCUGGCGGCCCGGCUGGGCAAGGCGCUGCUCGAGAAGAACCAGGACAUGAGCCGGCAGUACGAACAGAUGCACAAGGAGCUGACCGACAAACUGGAGCACUUAGAACAAGAGAAACACGAACUAAGAAGACGAUUUGAGAACCGAGAAGGAGAAUGGGAAGGGCGUGUGUCCGAGCUGGAGAGUGACGUGAAACAGCUUCAGGAUGAGCUGGAGAGGCAGCAGGUUCACCUACGGGAGGCAGACCGGGAAAAAACACGGGCCGUCCAGGAAUUAUCGGAACAGAACCAAAGGUUAUUGGAUCAGCUCAGCAGGGCAUCGGAGGUGGAGAGACAGCUGUCCCUGCAGGUCCACGCCCUCCGAGAGGACUUCCGGGAGAAGAACUCGUCCACCAGCCAGCACAUCAUCCGCCUGGAGAGCCUGCAGGCCGAGGUGAUGCUGUCGGAUCGGAAACGGGAGCUGGAGCAUCGUCUCAGCGCCACCUUAGAGGAGAACGACCUGCUCCAGGGGACGGUGGAGGAGCUGCAGGACCGGGUGCUGAUUCUGGAGCGGCAGGGCCAUGACAAAGACCUGCAGCUGCACCAGAGCCAGCUGGAGCUGCAGGAGGUGCGGCUCUCCUGCCGCCAGCUGCAGGGGAAGGUGGAGGAGCUCACCGAGGAGAGGAGCCUGCAGAGCUCGGCCGCCACCAGCACGUCCCUCCUGUCCGAGAUCGAGCAGAGCAUGGAGGCCGAGGAGCUGGAGCAGGAGAGAGAGCAGCUGAGACUGCAGCUCUGGGAGGCCUACUGCCAGGUCCGCUACCUCUGCUCACACCUUCGAGGCAACGACAGCGCCGACUCGGCCGUCUCCACGGACUCCUCGAUGGACGAGUCUUCGGAAACCUCGUCUGCCAAGGACGUGCCAGCUGGCAGCUUGCGGACGGCCCUCAGCGAGCUCAAGAGGCUGAUCCAGAGCAUCGUGGAUGGCGUGGAGCCCCCGGUUACUCUGCUGAGUGUGGAGAUGACGGCCCUCAAGGAGGAGAGAGACCGGCUCAGAGUGACGUCCGAGGACAAGGAGCCGAAGGAGCAGCUUCAGAAAGCCGUCCGGGACCGGGACGAGGCCAUUGCCAAGAAGAACGCUGUGGAGCUAGAACUCGCCAAGUGCAAGAUGGACAUGAUGUCUCUGAACAGCCAGCUGCUGGAUGCCAUUCAGCAGAAACUGAACCUCUCCCAGCAGCUCGAGGCUUGGCAGGACGACAUGCACAGGGUCAUUGACCGGCAGCUGAUGGACACGCACCUGAAGGAACGGAGCCGGCCUGCUGUCGCCCUCUCCAGGGCCCGUGGCGCGGGGCGUGGGGUCGAGCCCAGCACCGCCGAAGGCAAACGGCUGUUCUCAUUCUUCAGGAAAAUUUAAGUUGGGAGGAGUCAGGCCAGCGAGGACGGGCAGACUGGAGGCGAGAAAGGGUGCAGGGGAGGCCGAGAGCACUGUGCUCAUGUGCAAGGGCUCCCCUGCUGGGCUCCGGGGCGCUGCCCGCCGCACUGGGCCAUGUCCUCCAGGAGGGCCUGCCUGGCCUCUGAAGGCCGCCCUGGGUAGAGGGACAGGCAGGAGCCUGUCCCUAUGGCCCGGCCCAGCCCAGCCCGGGCUUCCCUAGGAUCCGCUGCUGUUGAGCAGGGCUCAGGCUGCCCAGAGUGGCCCACCCCUCAGUGGCUCCCGUGCCCGACCCCAGGCUGCUGCCCUCCCUGUGGGAUUUGGGGAGCAGGAGAAGCAGGCCCUCCCUGCAUCCUCAGGAGGCUGCCCCCGCUGCCUGCCCUGGGGCCGAGCCUGCAGGGCACCACGCCCAGGCCUGAGCCUCCCUCCUCCCCAGCCCUGGCCCAGGGAGUAAGGGAGGCGGCCCGCACCCUUGUGCAUGCACCUGUCAGGAGCACCUCGAGGCAGGAGACCCCGCCUGUGGGGCCUGAUGGCUGGGGCUGUUCUCGUGCGCUCGGCCACAGUGGGCUCUGCAAAGGCUGGGCCGAGGCCAUCCGAGCCCAAAGGAAGAGGGCCUGCCCCCAGCGCCACUGCUCUCCCUCCGGCCUGUGCCGGUGCAGGCCUCCCUCAGCCAGUCUGCUCACGGGUCCUCUGUGGGCUUGAGCCAUCCAGCCCUUUCCCUUCGUGGGCCAGGGCUGGGAGGGGUCCCCGCCUCCGGCCUCCUGCUCCCCUCACCUAUACAAGUUCUUGGUUCAGCCAAGCAAGUCCAGGACACAGAAUGGCCCCAGAAGGCUCUGCAGCCACCUCCACCUCGAGGGCAGCACUGUCACCACGGGCGAUGCCUCCAGAUACUGCCCACCAGGCCUGCGGGAGGACGAGUCCUGCAACUGCUGCUCCCUCGGCAGCCACGCCCCUUCUCUGAGGCGGCCCUCGCUCAGAGGCACCGGCUGAGCCAGCGCGAGCUGCCUCCCCUGGGAGCAGCCCAGGAGGGAUGAGCGGAAAGAAUGUACCUAUAGAUAUGUACAUACCACAGUGCUGUACUUUUGUAUGUAGCAAUCAUGUAAAUACAUGUAUGGAUUUUAUAAUAUACAUAUUAUAUAUAAAUCUAUAAAUGCAUAUUUUUAGAAAAACAGCACACCACUGCUUCUUUUGAAAAUAGUCUCAGAAUAAAUUGAAUUUCUACAGAG